AAAUUAUUAUCGAAAUAAAUAAAACUGGAAGCAGAAGAAAGGGAAGGGAUUAGGAUUGGGUGUUCCGCAGCCGCAGCUAUGGCCAUGGCUUUGUUGAGCCUCAACCACACUCUCACCCCUUCUCUGUUUCCUUCUCCUUCCCCUAAACCUAAACCUGCUCCUUCUUCUCCCUUCCUCGUCUCUCUCCGCCCCCUACCACGCUUCCCGAGGCACGCCGUUCGUAUGGCUCCCGAGGAGGAGAAGAUGACUCGCCGUUCCCCUCUCGAUUUUCCAAUCGAGUGGGAAAGGCCUAAGCCAGGACGAAGACCAGAUAUAUUCCCUCAAUUUAGUCCAAUGAAGACACCUUUGCCACCUCCAAUAGCGGAUCCUCCGGAAGAGGAUGAAGAGGAGGAAGAAAAGAAAGAGGAGGAAGAAGAGGAAGAUCCUGAUAAGGAGGAGUCAGAUAAGCCAGAACAAUAGUUUAGUAAAUAAAUGUUCUUGGUUUCUCCAGCUAUUUUGAUAUGUUGUGAAACUGCUACUUGCUAUACUUAAUGUUAGGGUACUACAAGAGCAGCAUGCUAUUGCAUCAGAAAGUUUGAGCUUUCUUCAAGUUUUUGUAGCCACCACUGGCACUGUAUGCCCUUAUAUUAGUUGUUGAUUGGAUUA